ACUAUUUUGCUCAACCACAUGUGGAAUUCACUCCCUGAUUUCUGUAAAUUAUAUUAUGUUUUUCAGGUCUCGAUUAUGGCAAAUAAAUUGAAAAUGAAUUCCAUGGGAAAUAUCUCUCCUCAAAUAUCUCUUCCAGGAAAAUUGGUUUUUCCAAGCAUGCAAGACAGAGGCAGAUUUUCUAUGUUAGGGCUUGGAGAUAUAGUCAUGCCAGGACUUCUCCUAUGUUUUGUUCUGAGAUACGAUAGGUACAAGAAACAAGCAGCAGUAGCAGCUGAUACUGAACAAUCCAAGAUAACUUAUUUUCAUUGCUCUCUUAUUGGAUAUAUUGUAGGAUUAGUGACAGCCACUGUUGCAUCCGAGGUGUACAAAGCCGCCCAACCAGCGCUACUGUACCUUGUACCGUUUACGCUUCUACCCAUCCUAGUCAUGGCUUAUUUGAAGGGUGAUUUACGAAAAAUGUGGCAAGAUCCCUUUGUAGCGGCUGGUGCUAAAUUGAAGUUUUUGGAUGUAUGACACA